CUCUCGCUCGCUCGCUCGCUCGCUCCUCAGGGAACCCAGUAUGGCCUCCUCUACGCCGGGGGCCGCGAUCGCUCCCUCGAAGCCCUCGCUCUGGCCAUUCGCCGCUGCAUCCCGUCUCUUGGUCCCCUUCCCCAAGCCUUUCCUGUCCCUCUCCCCGAGCCACCGCAAUGUUCGGCCCAUCUCCGCGUCCGCGGACCGCCACCAGACCCCCUCCGCCGCCGCCUCCACCGCCGCUACCACCGCUGUCCCCCUCCUCCGUAACUUUGCCCCCGACGAACCCCGCAAGGGCUCUGACAUCCUUGUCGAGGCCCUCGAGCGGGAGGGCGUCACCGAUCUGUUCGCCUACCCUGGAGGCGCCUCCAUGGAGAUCCACCAGGCCCUCACCCGCUCCCCAUCCAUCACCAAUCACCUCCUCCGCCACGAGCAGGGCGAGAUCUUCGCCGCCUCCGGCUACGCCCGCUCCACCGGCCUCCCGGGCGUGUGCAUAGCCACCUCCGGCCCCGGCGCUACCAACCUCGUCUCCGGCUUCGCGGACGCGCUCCUCGACUCCGUCCCCCUCGUCGCCAUCACCGGCCAGGUUCCCCGCCGCAUGAUCGGCACGGACGCCUUCCAGGAGACCCCCAUUGUCGAGGUCACCAGAUCCAUCACCAAACACAACUACCUGGUCCUUAACGUCGAUGACAUUCCCCGCAUCAUUAAAGAAGCCUUCUUUCUCGCCAGCACUGGCCGCCCUGGCCCGGUGCUGGUCGACAUCCCCAAGGACAUUCAGCAGCAGCUUGCCAUCCCUGUUUGGGACCCGCCGCUACGCCUUCCCGGAUACAUCUCCCGCCUCCCUAAGCCUCCUUCACGUUGUCUGCUUGACCAAAUCAUCCGCCUUGUGUCCGAAUCCCAUCGCCCGGUUCUCUAUGUUGGUGGCGGCUGCUUGAACUCCAGCGAGGAGCUUCGCCGGUUUGCGGACCUUACUGGCAUCCCCAUCGCGAGUACCCUGAUGGGUCUCGGGGUCUAUCCCACCGAUGCGGAGCUAUCGUUGAAGAUGUUGGGAAUGCACGGGACUGUCUAUGCCAACUAUUCGGUCGAUAAAGCUGACCUCUUGCUCGCACUUGGCGUCAGGUUCGACGAUCGUGUGACUGGAAAGCUUGAAGCUUUUGCUAGCAGGGCAAAGAUUGUGCACAUCGAUAUAGAUCCGGCUGAGAUCGGGAAGAACAAGCAGCCACAUGUUUCAUUAUGUGCUGAUGUGAGGUUGGCUCUGCAGGGGAUGAAUGCAUUGAUGGAGGAGAGUGGGAUUCAUCAAAAGUUCGAUUUUUCCACCUGGAGGAAAGAGCUGGACCAACUAAAGAAGACAUACCCAUUGAGCUAUAAGACUUUUGGGGAUCUGAUUCCUCCCCAGUAUGCAAUUCAGGUGCUUGACGAACUGACGAAUGGGGAAGCAAUCAUUUCCACUGGUGUUGGGCAGCACCAGAUGUGGGCCGCACAGUAUUACUCAUACAAGAGGGCACGCCAGUGGCUGACAUCGGGCGGACUAGGUGCUAUGGGGUUUGGUUUACCAGCAGCUGCCGGUGCAGCCGUUGGGAACCCAGGAGUUACUGUCGUCGACAUUGAUGGGGAUGGGAGUUUCCAGAUGAAUGCUCAGGAGUUGGCUAUGAUUCGGAUAGAGAAUCUCCCUGUCAAGAUGAUGGUGUUGAACAACCAGCAUUUGGGCAUGGUUGUGCAAUGGGAGGAUCGAUUCUACCGUAGCAACAGGGGACAUACUUAUUUGGGGAACCCAGCAAACGAGAGUGAGAUAUUUCCUGAUUUCUUGAAAAUCACAGAAGCGUAUGGUAUACCUGCUGCCCGUGUGACAAAGAAGAGCGAGGUCAGGGAAGCAAUCAGGAAGAUGCUGAAGACACCAGGACCUUACUUGUUGGAUGUGAUCGUGCCACAUGAGGAGCAUGUGUUGCCUAUGAUUCCUAGUGGCGGUGCAUUUAAGGAUAUGAUCCUCGAUGGAGAUGGAAGAACGCCACCACACUAAUACAUUUUAAUUUAGGUAAUCAGUUCUGUUCUGUUAUGACUUCGAACUGUGAAGUCAGGAAAUAUGUAGUGCUGGCUUUCGUGUUGUUACAAUGAGCUUUGGCUAUAGUCACAUCUGUGAACUUUGAGAAUUGGUAAUUAGCUUUGGCUUUCCUGUC